AUGGCUGAGAGAAACUCGUCAGCAGUGAGGGCAGCAGAGCUGGACUUCCUGCAGUUUAAUGAUCUCGCCUGUGAAAGUGUCGGAGGGAAGGUUAUUUUUGCCACAGACGAGUGGUUUGCUCCUGCUAAAAACCUGCUAAAGAGAGAUCCUCCUCAGUUCAUCGGAUCUGCCUUCACCGAAUUCGGGAAGUGGAUGGAUGGAUGGGAGACGAGGAGGAAGAGGAUUCCUGGUCACGACUGGUGCAUCAUUCAACUUGGCGUACCUGGUCUGAUUUAUGGAGUUGAUGUCGACACAUCUUUCUUCACAGGAAACCAUGCGCCAUAUGUCUCCAUCCAAGCCGCCUGUCUCGGUGAGCUGCCCUCCUUCACCCCUGGGGAAGAUCGGACCGGCAUGGCCGCCACUGAAACUCAGCAAGCUGCUGUUUCCAAGCUGAGCUCGGAGGCUUGGCCAGAGCUGGUGAGCGUUUCCCAGCUGCAGCCUGGAUACUCAGACUCUUGUCACAACUACUUCAGGGUCAGCCCCAAGAGGAGAGUCACACACCUGCGCCUCAACAUGUUUCCAGAUGGAGGAAUAGCCAGACUGAGGGUGUUUGGUAUCGGGCAGAGGGACUGGUCGUCUGUCCCAGCCAACCAGAACGUUGACCUCAUUGCCCUGACUAAUGGGGGAGUCUGCCUUGGCUACAGCGACGCCCACUUUGGACAUCCACGCAACAUGAUUGGUUCAAAUUAA